UCAAAAGGCUAGUGUUCCUUUCUGUUGUUGUUGACGUAAACUUUCCACGUUUCAACAUCUACUCGAACCGUCCCAAUCUGAGUUCUCAGAUCAAUAAAAGAAUCCCAACCGCUUCCCUCAACCCAGCAAAGAAAAACAUUUCUGCCCGCAAAGCAAAUUGAAUAUGUGUUUGGUAUUUUUGUGUGAUCAACAAGAGAGAGAGUUGGGAAGACAGCAAGCGCCUGGGUGUUGUCCGCACUGUGGGGGCAAGGUGGUAGCUGCUGAUGUUGAGAGUCGGUGGAGGUUCUGUUUCUUACCCAUUUGCUUCAAGAUUAAGAGAAAAUAUUCCUGCACCUUAUGUUCUAGGCGUUUGGUCUUGUAUUACUAGUUCUAGAUGGCUUUUCUUCUUCUUCUUGGAUGUUUAGAAAACUUUUCCGUUUCGGGGAAAUGUGAAAAAUUCUCAAAGCAUUUGAAUGGCGGCCAUCGAUUGCUUUGAUCUUCAUAAUUGUAGAUGCUCUGCUCUCCAUUGGUAUUCUAUUCUUUUUGCUCU